AGCCCAGUGGAGUCUCUGCACGGGACGCUGAGGGAGGAAGAGCUGCAGUUAAUCCAAAAGGAAGGGUGAGGUGCAGGGAUUGGCUGGACGAUGCUCAGAGAGGCAGGAAGAGUGGGCAUGGCACUGAGUGGCUGAGGCCAUCGGUGGUGGCCUUGGUGCUUAGAGAGGCGGAAGGAGAGGACAUGGUGCAGGGCGCUGAGGCCAUCUGUGGCUGCCUUGGUGGGGCUUACUGAGUUCUAGUGGACAGCAAGGUGCCAGGGCAGGGCUGGUACAUGGAGGGCUCUGAAGGCCAUGUGCAUUGUCUGAAGUGAGGGGAAACCCGUGGUAGCUAAAGGGAGUGCACUAGCCAGCCCCAGGUGCGCCACAUUCCUGCUCUAGGGGCUGGAGGGGAACCCGUGGUAGCUACAGGGAGUGCACUAGCCAGCCCCAGGUGCGCCACAUUCCUGCUCUAGGGGCUGGAGGGGAACCCGUGGUAGCUAAAGGGAGUGCACUAGCCAGCCCCAGGUGUGCCACAUUCGUGCUCUAGGGGCUGGAGGGGAACCCGUGGUAGCUAAAGGGAGUGCACUAGCCAGCCCCAGGUGUGCUACAUUCCUGCUCUAGGGGCUGGAGGGGAACCCGUGGUAGCUAAAGGGAGUGCACUAGCCAGCCCCAGGUGUGCUACAUUCCUGCUCUAGGGGCUGGAGGGGAACCCGUGGUAGCUAAAGGGAGUGCACUAGCCAGCCCCAGGUGUGCUACAUUCCUGCUCUAGGGGCUGGAGGGGAACCCGUGGUAGCUAAAGGGAGUGCACUAGCCAGCCCCAGGUGUGCUACAUUCCUGCUCUAGGGGCUGGAGGGGAACCCGUGGUAGCUAAAGGGAGUGCACUAGCCAGCCCCAGGUGUGCUACAUUCCUGCUCUAGGGGCUGGUCUGGCGGCAUGGCUCUCUCCUGAGUGCCUUUAGGGCCUGAGUGCCGGCAGGCAGGCGUUUCCUGCCCAGUGGGUUUGGUAAGAUGUAUUUCAGAAGGCAUCCACCACUCUAAAACAUGCUUAUUGCAGGAACCAUGGGGGAUACCGAAGGGCCUAGAGCCUUGAGAACCUCUGACCGUUAGUGUUAACAGGAAGGUAGCCUGUUCCCCUAGCUGGGGAGGUGGGUGUGCGUGGCAAGAAGCCCAUGCAUCUGUGCCUCUUCGGAGCUGUGGGUUGGGUGUGUGGAUGCCAGCCGUGUGGUCCCCACCCUCACUGAGCCUGAGUUUCCAUACUGGUGGCGGGAGAUGGGACUAGAGGGUCUCCAAGGCUCCCUGAAGCUCUGCGAUUCUGCUUUUCUGAGUCUUGACCACAGGGCUUUGUCGUUCUCGGGGGUCACAGCUCUCAUGGCUGCAGCUAGCGUGACCCCCCCUGGCUCCCUGGAGUUGCUACAGCCCGGCUUCUCCAAGACCCUCCUGGGGACCAAGCUGGAAGCCAAGUACCUGUGCUCCGCCUGCAGAAACGUCCUCCGCAGGCCCUUCCAGGCGCAGUGUGGCCACCGGUACUGCUCCUUCUGCUUGGCCAGCAUCCUCAGCUCUGGGCCUCAGAACUGUGCUGCCUGUGUUCACGAGGGCAUAUAUGAAGAAGGCAUUUCUAUUUUAGAAAGCAGUUCGGCCUUCCCAGAUAAUGCUGCCCGCAGGGAGGUGGAGAGCCUGCCGGCCGUCUGUCCCAGUGAUGGGUGCACCUGGAAGGGGACCCUGAAAGAAUACGAGAGCUGCCACGAAGGCCGCUGCCCACUCAUGCUGACCGAAUGUCCCGCGUGCAAAGGCCUGGUCCGCCUUGGUGAAAAGGAGCGCCACCUGGAGCACGAGUGCCCAGAGAGAAGCCUGAGCUGCCGGCAUUGCCGGGCGCCCUGCUGCGGAGCGGACGUGAAGGCGCACCACGAGGUCUGCCCUAAGUUCCCCUUGACUUGUGACGGCUGCGGCAAGAAGAAGAUCCCCCGGGAGAAGUUUCAGGACCACGUCAAGACUUGUGGCAAGUGUCGAGUCCCUUGCAGAUUCCACGCCAUCGGCUGCCUCGAGACGGUAGAGGGUGAGAAACAGCAGGAGCAUGAGGCGCAGUGGCUGCGGGAGCACCUGGCCAUGCUACUGAGCUCGGUGCUGGAGGCAAAGCCCCUCUCGGGAGACCAGAGCCACGCGGGGUCAGAGCUCCUGCAGAGGUGCGAGAGCCUGGAGAACAAGACGGCCACUUUUGAGAACAUUGUCUGCGUCCUGAACCGGGAGGUGGAGAGGGUGGCCAUGACUGCCGAGGCCUGCAGCCGGCAGCACCGGCUGGACCAAGACAAGAUUGAAGCCCUGAGUAGCAAGGUGCAGCAGCUAGAGAGGAGCAUCGGCCUCAAGGACCUGGCGAUGGCCGACCUGGAGCAGAAGGUCUUGGAGAUGGAGGCAUCCACCUACGAUGGGGUCUUCAUCUGGAAGAUCUCAGACUUUGCCAGGAAGCGCCAGGAAGCUGUGGCUGGCCGCACACCCGCCAUCUUCUCCCCAGCCUUCUACACCAGCAGGUACGGCUACAAGAUGUGUCUGCGUAUCUACCUGAAUGGCGACGGCACCGGGCGAGGAACACACCUGUCCCUCUUCUUUGUGGUGAUGAAGGGCCCGAAUGACGCCCUGCUGCGGUGGCCCUUCAACCAGAAGGUGACCUUAAUGCUGCUUGACCAGAAUAACCGGGAGCACGUGAUUGACGCCUUCAGGCCGGAUGUGACCUCGUCCUCUUUUCAGAGGCCAGUCAACGACAUGAACAUCGCAAGCGGCUGCCCUCUCUUCUGCCCCGUCUCCAAGAUGGAGGCCAAGAAUUCCUACGUGCGGGACGAUGCCAUCUUCAUCAAGGCCAUUGUGGACCUGACAGGGCUCUAACUGCCCCCUACUGGUGUCUGGGGGUUGGGGGCAGCCAGGCACAGCUGGCUCACUGAGGGGCCACCACGCUGGGCUAGGGCCUCACUGUACAAGUGGGCAGGGGCCGCGCUUGGGCGCUUGGGAGGGUGUCGGCCAAGUUCACUGUCAUGGGGGAAGGAGCCACCAGCCAGUCCUCAGAUUCCAGAGACUGUGGAGGGGCCUGGGAGACGGGCUUAGCCCAGGGCUGUGGUGGCAUUGGCCGAGGGUCUUCAGGUGCUUCCCCGCACAAGCUGCCCUUGCUGUCCUGUGCAGUGAAGGGAGAGGCCCUGGGUGGGGACACUUGGAGUGGGAACACAUCCCAGCAGUGCCCACGUAGCAGGAGUGCAGUGGAUGGCCUUGUGUCCCUCUGGCAUGACAGGCAGAAAGGAGGGCUGCUCCAGGAGAAGGGCCUCCUGCUGGCCAGAGCAAGGAAGGCCGAGCAGCUUGGUUCUCCCCUCUGGCCCCUGGAGAGAAGGGAGCAUUCCUAGACCCCUGGGUGCUUGUCUGCACAGAGCUCUGGUCUGUGCCACCUUGGCCAGGCUGGCUGUGGGAGAGGGUCUGGUCCCAUGCUGCCUCUGCUCAGACCACUGCGUGGGGGUGCACAGCACAGCCUGCGGGCAAAGUGUGAGAGCUUGCCAUCCAGCUCACGAGACAGUUAUUAAACCAUUCAAAUCUC